AUGGUGAAGACGCCAUCUUGGUACACCCAGAGUGGGAAACUGUUGGUACACCCAAAGUGGGAAACGCGAAAGGUGGGAGAUGGACCUGGAUCAGGCUCAGAGAGCUAUACUCAACGUGCUGACUCAGGUGUCUGCGGAUGUCCUGCCCAGGGUUAUCCAGUGGAUGAGACAUAGCAGUGAAAUAGAAGAUUUGCUCAGAAGUAACGCUGAUGUGCUUCUAAACUGUAUUGCUGAUGACAUACGAAGCAGUCUGCCACUGGAAGCCAUGGUUGGAUCAGAGAACCAAGUGAUAGACAUUAUUCAGAGUCUUCAGAGGCCAACCCUUCAUGUAGACGCUUUCCUUUAUGAUGAUGAUACUGUUGAUGCAUUAUGUGAGGAGGGGAAGAUGAGUCGUAUUUACUGUAUGUCAUGUGGAUCUAGAAAAACUGCUCCUUUAGACUUUAUUUCACAUUCUUUUUCUCUCGUGGAACUCAAGUUUCUAUUCCAGCAACUGUUGCCUGAUCUGAGUGGGAAAACACUAGUAGAUGUGGGUUCCAGACUUGGAGCUGUUCUGUAUGCGGGUUGUGUGUACAGUUCAGCCAGUAAAUUACAAGGUGUGGAAAUCAAUGCAGAAUUCUGCCAGUUACAAGAAAAGAUCAUAAAGAAGUAUGACUUCACAGACAGAAUUCAGGUUUACCAUUCGGAUAUUUGCUGUCAGCCAUCCUUACUGCACUAUGCUGAUGUGGUAGUUCUACAUAACGUUUUUGAAUACUUCCUGGACAAAGAGAAGCAAAUAAAAGCCUGGACAUUUGUAAUGGAAAAUGUAAGAAAGACAGGAAGCCUCAUAGUUGCUGUACCAAGCCUAGAGGAAUCAUUAGACAAACUUCAGAUGAAUAUACAACUCGAUAAAUGGGUGGAAAAAGUCAAGCUCAAUCCAGACAUCUACACUGGGUCAGAGACUGAUGAAGAGACUAUUCGUCAAAUCCAUUUGUACAGAGUUCUGUAGAAGAAUCCACAAUGCGUUUCCUAAAUUCAUUUUGCACUUAGCAUGAUGAAGAAUUUAUUAUUUAUUAUUUUUGGAAGCAGCCUGUUCAUGCUCUGCCCAAAGUAGCAUCUCAUCAGCUAUAGUAGUAAAGAACUAUCUCUUUUUAUUUAUUGGUUUGAUACCUAGCUAUAUAUUUUAUGUAUUUGACUUGCUGAUACUUUUAAAAAAGAUAAUAAAAAAAUAAAAAUAAAACAGCUUUAAAAACCACCUCAGAAAUGAGGAGAUACUUAAAUAUUAGAUUUGCAAGAGGCAGAUUUCAGUUCUUUAUCCUACCAGGGGCCAGAUCCACAAAGAAAUUACGCCGGCGUAUCUAUCCAUACGCCGCGUAAUUGUCUAAGAUCCCCCUGU